AUGGUUUUAGUUCAAGACUUAUUGCACCCAUCCCCAGCUUCCGAAGCCCAACAGCACAAAUUAAAGACUUUGGUCCAGUCCCCAAGAUCCUACUUCAUGGACGUCAAAUGUCAAGGCUGUUUGAACAUCACCACCGUGUUCUCCCAUGCCCAAACCGCCGUCACCUGUGACGGCUGCUCCACCGUCUUGUGCACCCCUACUGGUGGUAAGGCCAAGUUGACCGAAGGUUGUGCCACCAGAAGAAAGUAA